UCUUCUUCUUCACCGAUCGAGCGUGACCGCCGGCGACGCCCAUGGAUCGAGCCGAGCGAUGUCGAUGGUCCGAUCUCCCGCCGGAGAUCCUCUCCAUGAUCGGCAAGCGGCUUCACACUCGCAUGGACGCCCUCCGGUUCCGCAGCGUCUGCUCCUCGUUCCGCUCCUCGAUCCCUCCGCCUCGCCGCGACGCCCCGCGAUUCCCUCUCCGAAUCCCUUGCUCGUGGAGCGACCACUCCGUUUUCCUCCACGACAGCACGGUCUGCGUCCUCGAGACGCCGGAAAAAGCCUCCGGUUCGGGCGUCCCGAGCCCUCCUCGAUCCCGGUGGCUGGUGAAGCUCCAGGAGUCGAGCCUCGGCGACGUGCAGCUCCUCAGCCUCUUCUCGCAGCGGCGAAUCACUUACUUGCCCCCCAAUUUCCCCAAGGUAAUCGACUCUCUCGAAUUCAGGAUCGUGGAAAUCUGUAGGGAAUUCAGGAUCGAGUACGGUACGUCGGGCAUCGUUCCCGGCAUAAGGAAAGUAGUGGUGUCCCCAGAUUGUGUAUGGACUGGUCUAGAUGAACUUGAGGUCUAUUCCGUCGAAAAUGAAGGGCGGUUAGGUUACUGGAAGUAUGGGGAUGAGAACUGGACCUAUUUGGAUGAUCAAAAUGGGUGUUCUUAUGAUGACAUCAUAGUGUAUGAAGGCAAAGUCUGUGUGGUUGAUCAGUCCGGGAUGGUUUCGCUGAUCGAUUCGUCAUUUAGGACUCUUCAGAAGUUCUCGCCACCAAUCUACACCGGCGGCGGUGGCCACAGCAAUUGCAAAUAUUUGGUGGUGUCGGGUGGUGAUCUGUAUGUUGUGGAUAGAGAGAUUGAUGUAAAUAUGGAUGAAUUUCUUGUCCCUCAUUUUAAGGAGACAUUUGGUUUUAGAGUCUAUAGAUUGGAUAGACGAUGUGGGAAAUGGGUGGAUGUAGGAAGCCUGGGCGACAUGGCUUUCUUUCUCGGCAAGCACUGUUCGUACGCCAUCUCUGUGCACGAGCUCGGUGGAUGCAACGCGAAUUGCAUCCACUUCAUGGAGAACACCGCUUUGCCUUACUCGAGAGACAAAGUUAAUGUGUUUAGCUUGGAGGAUCGUAGCGUCAAGCCGCUGGACUUUCUCCCCUUCCUAGUGAGCACAUGAGGCACCUUCAAUUUGACUCUAACCGAAAUUGACGCCUUCCAGGUUCCAAGAGGACAUCAAUUAGACCAGGUUAGUACUGAAAAUAUGAUCUGAAAUAAAUGAAGGCGUAAUUUCUCUGUAUCGGAGCAUGUCUCUGCCCUGGGAUCUUGGGUUUUAGCUUUUCUCUUUGCCUAGUUUUGUAAUGGCACAUAUGCGUGUUUGAAUGUUUCUAAUCUCCUUCGUCCUUGAAUGAUUUUGAAAUAUUAUCAGCACAAGAAAUUGGGUGGUGCUUUUGGUGAUGGUCUUCUGAUGUAGCUGCCGACCUCCAUUUUCUUGAUAAUGGGGGUUUGGGAUUCAGGCAUUCUCAGUAUGUGCAUCUGAUCGUCGAUUUCGUCUUAACAAACAUGCUAGAGUUAAAUUCUUAGUA